AAUCCGCCCGCGCCAUCCUUUCGAUAACGCGGUUGUGUGUUUUCUGGCGUGGUAUUCGCGGCGUAACCGCCAAUCGACGUGUACCGUACGAUUUUUAGGUCGUCACAUAUAAGGGUACGUUGACAAAAGCGUAGAGCGUUUGCCUACGACUACACACUUCGCGACUCGCUCGAGUCUUACGGGGUACCUGCGGCUUGGGAACACAUCGCGAUAUGACCAUCGCCGCGUUCACCUCGUCGACGGUGACGGUGCUCUUCCUUGUUCUAGGCAGUGUCUUGGGAACUGCCAUAGUCCUGACAGAACGUGGCGUCUACUCGUCGCCACAAAAGUUCGACGGCGGCAUCGACGUGUACUGCUGGGAGCCGCCGGUACACGACGGCCUGCCCAUUUUCGUCGACCUCUUCACAACGGCGACGCUCAAGUUCUACCUCGCUCCCGACGACCUGCGACUGUUCACCGGUGAAGACGAGUGGGCCGUGCAGCACAAGUACCUCCACAGCGGUAUCGAUUUACCUAGCUUUACGAUGCCUAAAUUUCUGCGCAAACUCAGCUUGAACAGUCGGGACCACCGCUGCGUUGGCGUGUAUUCGACAGGACCGUACGAGUUCGCGUUCGCGCGCGAAAUCGACCGUCGAGGUGUCCUCCAGUUCUGCGUCGGCGUCGUCGUCUUUUUCGCAGCUCCCGUCAUUUCCCGCAGCGCCGCGGUCUUCUACACCUCAGGCACGUGCGUCGGCGUCCUAGCCUUCCUUUUGAUUGCCGUGUUCAUCGCGAGUCGCUUGCUUCCGCGCAGGACCGCGGGCUACGCCCUGUUGAUCUUCGGCUGGGCCGUGGUCGUGUCGUGGCUAGAUCUCCUCUGGUCCAACUUGCAGGAGGUCUUAAACAAUUACCGGCACAUCGCUGUCUGCUACGUCGUCGGAUCGGCCGCCCUGAGCUUCGCGGUCUGCUACAGGUUCGGUCCGCCGACCAACCCUCGAACUCUCGACUUGAUCCAGUGGUCACUUCAGUUGGUCAGUCUGGCGUGCGUUUAUUUCUCGUCCGACAGAAGCGACGUCAUGGCGGCCGUGGUCGUACUGAUGCUCUCCACCUACGCUCUGCUUUCGUUCCGGUCGCGGAGGCCUCCUGCUGCUGCCCGCCUCGACCUCAACGGCUCGACGGCCGCGAUAAUUGAACAAUGUGCGACUCCGACGGAUUCGCCGCGGGCUUCGACUCGCGCCCAGUUCGACGAUGACGGCAUGUGGACGAUAGUUACCAAGAUACGGGCUCCUCGGGCGAAGCAGAUCGCCAUGUGUAUCCGUGCCGACGACGGCGUGCGGUCUCCGCGACAGUGGGUGACGGUAUCAGAACGUCGAGGCAUGUCAGGACAAUGGCGAGGAGUACGAGGUGGAUUGUUUCCGCGAGGGUCCGAAUGACGAAGUGUCCCAUGACGCGCAUUGAAUGAUGUGGUAGGCCCUUCAGCAUUUGCUCGUCGAAGCGGUGGAUACUUGUCGAGCGUACUCAAUGACCUGUUUGCGUCAAUGCACCUUUUUUUUUUCGUCAGCCUUGUAAUUAGGACUGUGUGGUUGAACGCGCGAGGACCUUGCGGAACAAAUGUGUUACAAACUGAUAUGUCUUGUUCAGGCUGCACUGCCUGGAAUUGUAUAGGCAUCGUCUUUAUUAAACUUCGAAGCGCGAAAUCGACGAACACAGGCGGGAACAGAGAUACACAGGACAGAGUGUCAUGUCCGCUAUGUCCUGUGCAUUCGCGCUCCUUCCUGUCCUCGUCGAUUUUGCGCUUCGGAGUUUUAAGAUUAUGAACCAACUAGCCCAGCAAUGCAUUCUUUUAAGGCAUCGUCGUCUUCUUUUUUUUUGCAUAUUUAUUCAAUAUAUGAGAAGGGCACUCGGAUUGUUGAGAAUUGGAGCUACAUUAUGCACUUUGUGCAAUGCAGCUAAAGAAAAAAAAAAUAUUCCUCAACCUUUACAUUUGUUUGUCACUGUCGUCAUCUCUUAUGUAAUGAGGUGACCUCUACGAAAGAAACCACAGGGCAGUA